CGGUCUCCACUCUUUACUCUUCCUUCUUUACACUCAGUUCAAUAUUGUACUCUGUUUCAUUUUCUCUCUGAAAAUUUCAAAUUUCUUCACAAAUUUUUGCUUCUUAUAUAUAGCAAAGUGAUUGAUUCUUCAGAGUUGAUCUUUUUUUUGGGCUCCUUUUAUACGGUUCUGUCUGUCUCUGUUUUCUUCUGAAACUUUUUUUCUGCUUCUGGUGUUGCAGAACUGACGUAACCCAUAUUCUUAUCUUUGAAAAAAAGAUUUUGAAGCUCUUAAUCUUCUUUUUAUUUUUCUGCUACUUUUUUUUUGGGGUUUAAAAGGGGUGGUUUCCAACAUAAUCAGUUCUUUGAAGAUUUUUGUUUUUUCACUUUUUUUCAUACUUAAAAACUGUUACAAAAGCUUGUGAACUUAAAGACCCUCUUCUCUCUUUAGUCGUCUUUAUUCGUAGAAUCUUUUUCCCCUUUUCUACUUCACGCCCUCUCUCACACUUUCGCUUUCAAUGCGAAUCUGAGAAAAUCACAUAAAGAUGGACCAACAAACCAUGUUGUCUAGUGGUGUUAAGUAUACCGAACAUAGAAAGCAAAUCACUAUGGUUAGACCAGCACCUCCGGUGACUUUUAAUGGUCGGAGGAGAAGCUCUGAGAUGAAUGCUGCCGGUCCUAGAGUUGUAAGGAUUACUGUUACUGAUGCUGAUGCUACUGACUCUUCGAGUGAUGAAGGGGAACAGGGGUUUUAUGGCCGUCAAAGAGUGAGAAAGUUUGUGAAUGAAGUUCGGAUAGAGCAGAGCAGCCACUGUAAUGGAAGUGUAAAUGGGGUUUUGAGAAAUGGGUCAUCGUCGGAAACUGCUCCCGUUGUCGCUGCAGCACCGAAGAGGAGGAAGAAGACCGCCGGAGCAACAACGGCGGCGAGUAAGCUAAAAGUGAACCAUGUUAAAAAGUUUCGCGGCGUACGGCAACGGCCUUGGGGCAAAUGGGCGGCAGAAAUCAGAGAUCCACUGAGACGUGUACGGUUAUGGUUAGGCACUUACGAUACUGCUGAAGAAGCUGCCAUGGUUUAUGACCACGCGGCUAUUCAGCUACGUGGGCCUGACGCGCUCACAAACUUCGCCACUCCUCCGGCGACGAAAAUCAGCUGCUCCAGCUACAACUCCGGCGAAGAAUCGCACAACGAUCAACGCUCGCCGAAGUCCGUUCUACGAUGUGCUUCAACUUCAUUUGAUGAAUCUCAGAAUAACGAGGAAGCCGAAGCUGAGUCAUUACCGAUUUUACCCUCCGAUAUCAGGGACAAAAAUGACAUUUCCAUGUCGGAAAACUUCUGCGAUUUACCACCGUUCGAGAGUUUCUUCCCCGAUGAUUUGUUUCAGUUCGAGAACCCGAUUACCAUAUCCGACUUGUUUUUUGAACCGGAUACUUUACCCGACUACAAUAAUAUGUUAUUCGGGUCAAGUACUACAGAUUACGGUUUCGGAUCUUCAUCCUGGCCCGAAGAGGACUUCUUUCAGGAUUUCGGAGAUGUAUUCGGGUCUGACCCGCUUGUGGCUCUUUGAUUUCAUCGGCAGAUUUAUCGGCGAUCAGUAUAAAUGGUUUAAUAUUCGUAUUUUAAAAUUUAAUUUUGUGUUUAGUUUAUCAGUUUUGUUUAAAUUUGUUGAUUAAUGUGAGUGAUUAGUGAGUAAUUAGUAGUAUUAAUAUGUAACAGCUCCGUCACAUUAACGGUGAUGAUGAUGGAUGAGAUUUUGCGGUACAGUGUUGUUUUUGUGUUUUGUGCUUCUGCUAAUAUUUCAUUAAUAACAAUAAGCGACUUUAGCAAUUGUUAA